UCCUAAUUAAAACAAUACCAAAAAAUGAUUUGAAAACCGAUUUAAUCGAACCAAAACAAAUAUGGUGAGCAUUAGAGGAAUAAGAACAAAACUCCAGACUUGAGUUCAUCUAAAACCAGUUAGAAGAGUUGGAAGGUUUCGACUUUUAUUUACGCAACCGAGGCCAGGCAAACACUGUAGCAGCUAAAACCCUAACCCUGAAACCGAUCGAGAAAAUCCAACGUUGAAGAGGGCUUUCCCUAUCUCGUCAGAUCUCGUUUCUUGUUCUGCUCAUUCCUGUUCAAAUCCUCCAGAACAAUGGUUGCACCAAUAAUUGCAGGUGCUGCUGUUGCUGCAGCUGCUUAUGCUGGUAAAUACGGAAUAGAGGCAUGGCAAGCAUUCAAGGCAAGACCACCAAGGCCGAGACUGCGCAAGUUCUACGAAGGUGGUUUCCAAGCUACGAUGACUCGGAGAGAAGCCGCUAUGAUUCUCGGUAUUAGGGAGAGUGUAGCGGCAGAGAAGGUGAAGGAAGCUCACCGGAGAGUGAUGGUGGCUAAUCAUCCAGACGCGGGAGGAAGCCAUUACCUUGCGUCUAAGAUCAACGAAGCCAAAGACAUGUUGCUUGGCAAAACCAAGAGCUCUGGUUCUGCGUUUUGAAUCCCUUUGGUGAGAUUUAUUGGUCCCAUCAUCAUAGCCACAUGAUUGGUCGAGAUCAUUUUUUCUUGAUAAAAGUUGAUGUAAUAUGUGGGUGAGAUUUUGUUCGAAUCUUACAUUUUCAUCUUGAGAAAUAUAGAAACCAAAUUGAAAGUGAAUCUA